UGUGUCCCAAUGGUGCAAGUAAAGUUAAGUUGGUAAUCUAAAAAAUCCUAAUUUCUUUUGACUCCUUCAUCAUCUUCUUCUUCUUCUUCUUCUUCUUCUGACUUCAAUUUCCAAACCCAUUCUCUCAUCAAAUCAAAUUCAACCCUAAAAACCCACACUUUCUUCACAUUCUCCUCAUCUCCAUGGCACCUCCAGGAGAACCACCACCACCACCAUUACAGAUCCAAACCAGAACCAACAACAACAACAAUAUGGAUCACUCAGUUUCACUACCAAUUCAAAAUCAACAACACUACAAUAAUGGUUUUGUUAGAGAAGUGAAACAUUAUAAAAAAUGGUUUCCUUGGUUAAUACCAUUCUUUGUUGUUGCUAAUGUUGUUGUUUUUGUUAUCACUAUGUAUGUUAACAAUUGUCCUCGUAAUUCUGUUUCUUGUAUUGCUCGCUUUCUUCAUCGCUUCUCUUUUCAGCCUUUCAAAGAAAAUCCUCUUCUCGGUCCUUCUUCAUUGACGCUACAGAAGAUGGGGGCUCUUGAUGUGAACAGAGUGGUUCGCAGGCACCAGGGUUGGCGCCUCAUCACUUGUAUGUGGCUACAUGGUGGAGUUUUCCAUCUAUUAGCAAAUAUGUUGGGUAUUCUAUUCAUUGGAAUUCGACUCGAGCAAGAAUUUGGGUUUGUGCUUAUUGGACUGCUUUUUGUCAUAUCUGGAUUUGGAGGCAGUUUGCUUUCUGCUCUUUUCAUUCAGUCAAACAUUUCCGUCGGUGCUUCUGGUGCGCUCUUUGGGUUGUUAGGAGGAAUGCUAUCAGAGCUUAUCACUAAUUGGUCUAUGUAUGACAACAAGAUUGCAGCACUUCUCACACUUGUGAUCAUCAUUGGUGUCAAUCUCGCAAUCGGGAUUCUUCCACAUGUGGACAACUUUGCUCAUAUAGGAGGCUUCCUUACAGGAUUUCUUCUCGGAUUUGUGUUUUUGAUACGUCCUCAGUUUGGAUGGAUAAACCAACGAUAUGCUCGUGUAGAGUAUUCUCCAACACGUGCUAAGCCUAAAUUCAAGAAAUAUCAGUGCAUAUUAUGGGUCCUCUCCUUGAUCAUUCUAAUUGUUGUGCUUUCUGUUGGACUUGCUGCACUGCUCCGGGGUGUUGAUGCAAAUAAUCACUGCUCCUGGUGCCAUUAUCUGUCUUGUGUUCCAACUUCAAAAUGGAGCUGCCAUACAGAGCCAGCAUAUUGUCUGUCAAACCAGCUUGGCAAUCAGCUGAAUGUAACAUGCUCAAGUAAUGGUAAAUCCACUACAUACUUGAUGCAAGAUCCUUCUAGUUCACAGAUCCAGCAAUUGUGUACUCAGCUUUGUAAUUGAGUUCUUACCGAAAAGAAUGACCGUUGAAGGAGAUCAUCAGUUUGUUGAUAUUAGGAUUUCAGGCUCUCAUGGAGUACUAUAAUGCUAUACUAUACUACUAUGUAGUUCAUACCUUUUGCUUUAUUCAGGAAACCAAUUUUUUUAAAGAAUUAAUUUUGUCAUAGCAGAUUUUUUUUAUUGUGUGUAUAUAUAUAAUAAUAGAUUGGUUGAUACCUAUUUUGUGCUAGGAUCAAAAUUAUACUUACAGUUACAGAUGAUUUACUAUAUUAUAACAGAGAUAAAAGCUAUGUUCUAAUUGCUUUGACAUGAAUACACUUUACUGUGUUUUGAGUUUU